UGUCGGGCGCCGGACGCUGGGCGGUGGGGGCGCCGGGCUGGGGGGAUGUCCGCCUUCUCGGAGGCGGCGCUGGAGAAGAAGCUGUCGGAGCUGAGCAACUCGCAGCAGAGCGUGCAGACGCUGUCGUUGUGGCUGAUCCACCACCGCAAGCACUCGCGGCCCAUCGUCACCGUGUGGGAGCGGGAGCUGCGCAAGGCCAAACCAAAUCGGAAGCUGACAUUUCUUUAUCUAGCCAAUGAUGUCAUCCAGAACAGCAAAAGAAAAGGACCAGAGUUCACAAAAGAUUUUGCACCAGUAAUAGUUGAAGCAUUUAAGCAUGUUUCCAGUGAGACUGAUGAAAAUUGUAAAAAGCAUCUUGGAAGAGUGCUGUCUAUUUGGGAAGAAAGGUCUGUUUAUGAAAAUGAUGUAUUAGAACAACUUAGGCAAGCUCUCUAUGGUGAUAAGAAGUCUAGAAAGCGAUCAUAUGAACAAAUAAAGGUGGAUGAGAAUGAAAAUUGUUCAUCACUAGGAUCACCAAGUGAACCUCCACAGACUAUAGAUCUCAUUAGAGCCUUACAAGAACUUGAAAAUGCAGCCUCAGGUGAUGCAGCAGUUCAUCAGAGAAUAGCUUCUUUGCCUGUUGAAGUCCAAGAUGUAUCUCUACUAGACAAAAUAACAGAUAAAGAAUCAGGAGAACAGCUUUCCAAGAUGGUAGAUGAUGCAUGCAUGCUCUUGGCGGAUUAUAAUGGUCGAUUGGCAGCAGAAAUAGAUGAUAGGAAGCAACUAACUCGAAUGUUAUCAGAUUUUCUUCGUUGUCAAAAAGAGGCCCUUGCAGAGAAAGAACAUAAGCUGGAAGAAUACAAGCGCAAGUUAGCCAGAGUAUCCCAGGUUCGAAAAGAACUCAGGUCUCGAAUCCAGAACCUGCCAGAUUUGUCUCGGUUGCCCAAUGUCACAGGCAGCCAUGUGCAUCUUCCAUUUGCUGGAGACAUCUACAGUGAGGAUUGAUGACAACUUUUUCCAGGGCCUCAGGACUUUGCAAGAGCUGAAGAUAGGUUAAGUGGAUAGUCUUGUAGUAUUAUUUUUGUACAUUGUUGAGAAAAUGACACUAACACAGAUAUCCCCAACAAAAUACAAAAAAAUUACAAAAAAUAUUUAAAAUGUUGGGUUUUUUCCUAUUUUAUUGGCAAGUUAACAUGACAAUUUAAAAACUGACAUCUAUGUGUUAAUAUGUUCUCAAAGAAGUGAUUAUUUUAAAAAGAUCCUUUUAUAUAUUUUUUGAUCCAAGGCCCUGUGAGAAACUGAAACCUCUCUAUUUUUCUUUAUGUAAUUUUGAAGGUUCCUCUUUAU